AGUAGCAAAACACAAUACAAUUAUUUCACUUUGCCACCGGUUAUACUCCCGCCAUAUGUCAACUGGACCAUAACAAAAUAUGAUGAUGGACUGUCAACAGUAGUUUCCCUCGAGUGGUUUCCUGUUUCAUCCUGAAUCAUGAAGCGUAAAUAUUCACGAGUCUUUACUACGCACUAAUACUACUUUCAUCUCCACUUGUUGUAUAACGAUCGAGCUGGCAAGAUGGCUGGCAAUGUGUGCGGAAUAUCAAUUAUUUUUCUGAUCACUUGGAUAGUACUUGUACAUGAGAGUGAUGGACAUCCGCAGUGCCUAGAUUCUAGGCCUCCAUUCAAUGCCCAUGCUAACUUGUUGUUCUGUAAAGAUUAUGAACAAUUUGGCUGCUGCACACCACAGAACGAUAUGGAAUUGAAGAACAAAUUUCUGCGAAUUGGGAAUUUAAUUCCUGCUAAAGAGAAGUCUUUGUGGAGAAAAUGUUCGGAUUAUGCUAAAACAUUCUUAUGUCAGACAUGUUCACCAUACGCAGCUCACAUUUUUGAUUCCGAGAAGACUCAGACGAGUAAUGCUUAUAAGCCAAGAGCUUUUCCAGCAUUGUGUGGGUCGUUCUGUUCGGAGUUUUAUAAAUCUUGUAAAGAUUUAGUAAAAUAUUACAUGGAUGUUGCAGGAAGUGAAUACAUAGAAGAGAGGACCAGACUGAACAUGAAAGUAAAUCAAAAUGAAACUGCAUUUUGUUCAAAUAUAUCAAUAACUGACGUGGACUAUUGUUUCCCAGAACUGUUAUCAAAUCCCAUUCUUACUGGUAAUAUAUCAAUUGAAAAAGUGACAAAGGAAGGGUGUAUUUGUGUGAAACCAUAUGACAAAGUUCAGUUCCGAAAUCCAAUAUUUUUAAAGCACGUAAAAGAUGGUUCAGACAGGUUAUUUAUAGGAGAACAACUUGGUCUUGUUCAUAUCAUGUAUAUAAAUGAAACUAUUUUACCUGAACCCUUUCUAGAUAUACGAAUGGACGUCAAAACAACCUCAAGAAAAGGUGAUGAACGUGGAAUGCUUGGAAUGGAGUUUCAUCCAGAUUAUACUUCUAAUGGAAAAUUAUACAUAUAUUAUUCAACAGAACUGAAUGGUACUGAAAAGUUGCAGGGAAAGGGAAAUCACAAAAUCAGGAUUGAAGAGUUUAUGGUAGAUCCAUUUAAUCCAAACAAAGUGGAUAUAUACGGAUAUAGCAGAGUUAUUCUAGAAGUUUAUCAACCAUAUUGGAAUCAUAAUGGCGGAGAGAUCCUGUUUGGAGAUGAUGGGUAUUUGUAUCUUUUUGUUGGAGAUGGAGGUUAUUUAGGUGAUCCACUGCAGUCUGGACAAGAUCUGUUUUCCAUGUUAGGUAAGGUACUACGUAUAGAUGUAGAUUACAUAGAUAAGAAAAGACAGAAGGAGUACAGUAUACCCCAAGACAACCCGUUUGCAGAUGGUGUGCAUGGUCUGCCAGAAAUUUAUGCAUAUGGUGUGAGAAACAUCUGGAGAUGUGGCAAGGAUCGGGGCGACCCUGUUACAAAGCAUGGUAAAGGUCGUAUAGUGUGUGGUGAUGUAGGUCAGGGAGCUGUAGAGGAGGUAGAUCUCAUUGAAAAGGGGGCCAAUUAUGGCUGGAAUCUGAAAGAAGGGACAGCUGACUAUUGUACAGAUUGCAGAAGAGCCAAUACCAAGGUGAAUUUUACAGACCCAAUAGCUGAGUACACACAUAAUGUGGGGAAGUCUGUGACUGGAGGACAUUUUUACCGAGGCUGUGAGAGUCCAAACCUUAAUGGUUUCUAUAUCUAUGGAGACUUCAUGUCAGGGAAACUCUUCCGCCUCAAAGGACCUUCCAAUCCUAAAAAGAAGAAAUGGCACCACAAGGAACUGAACAUGUGUGCCUCAGACUGGUGUGUACCGCCUCUGACUAAUGAUUACGCUACCAGUAUCAUCUCAUUUGGAGAAGAUGAAUAUGGUGAAGUGUACAUGUUAUCAACCAGCUUUGCAAGCACAGCAUCAUUUGCCGGGACUGUUUACAAAAUUGUUGAUCCAAUGAGGAGAGGACAUCCAGAAGUUUGUAAAUCUAAGAGGAAUCCAACAAGUACUGGAACCAGUACAAAAACAAAGGGUACCACUACACCCACAGUAAUAGCUGGUACCACUGUCAGUGAUGCUGUGCCCCAGUAUACUGGUUCCAGCGGUGAUGGGAGGAUGAUGAACUACUUAGACUACUUCAAAAGACAAGAGCUUCGAAACAGACGGCGAAAAAUGCAGAAACAGUUCAAGAAAGAACGAGAGGAGAAGAAGAAAAAUCUGUCAGUAUAUCGGGGUACCCCGCCACCUCAGAUUCAACCUGGACUCAUUUUUCAUGGAAUUAAUAUUCACAGAUGUACAAAUACACCGACGUUUUGGUGUUCCUUAAGCAGACUGAUUCCAUCACCACGCUCAAAAAUUGAAAGUCAAUAUAGUCAAUAUAGUUUAACAACGAAGAUGAAUUUUUUGUUGUUGUUGUGUUUGAAGCUAUUGAUUUUAUACGUUAGUAAAGUAACUGGACAACAAUGUUUGGAUUUAAUGCCUCCAUUCACACCCGCAGCUCCAUUGAGGUUUUGUGAACAGUACUCCAAGUAUGGUUGCUGUACGUCACAUGAUGACGAGCGACUUGGGGAGAUAAAUGAAGAUAUCAGAUACAUGGUUCGACAGGGUGAAGACAGACAAAUUAACCCUAGCUGCUUACAGUACGCGAAAGCAUUCCUGUGCGCAAGGUGCUCGCCGUUCUCCGCUGAGAUUUUCAGAAACAAAGUGACUUAUAACUUACAAAUGCCACGUAUCUUUCCCGGGUUAUGCAAUAAUUUUUGUACGCGUUUUUAUGACAACUGUAACAAUAUUCUUCCAGAAUUCCUUGUCGUACUUGGAAAUACUGAAGAAAAGAGGGAAAGAGCAAAGUUUUUAGAUUCAUUGACUAUAACAUCAAAUCCCGCCGAGUUCUGCGAGGAAGUUGGUCUUCCUCCUCAUAGAACACAGUAUUGCCACCCCGUCGUGGACUCUACCUUCGGAGAAAGUUCCAGGCUAACCACAGACAAGGUGACCACGGCCGAGUGUGUCUGUCUUCAAUCCUAUGACAUAUCUCUUAGAAACCCAGUUGCCAUUGCAAACGCUAAUGAUGGUACUGGCCGACUUUUUAUCGCUGAACAAACUGGUGUCGUGAAAAUCAUGUUUUCUGACGGUCGUAUUUCUCGACAUCACUUCCUUGAUAUUCAAUCUAAAGUGUACCAAAACAACGAUGGAUUUUCACAGCUAGGGCUCCUUGGGUUGACCUUCCAUCCAGAGUUCAAAAACAACCACAAACUAUACGUGUUCUACACUUUCAAGAAAAACAACACUUCCGAUCUGCAUAUACGUGUGGAAGAAUAUCGAGUGAAGGACACAGAUGAUGAUAGAGUUGACUCAAGCUCAAACAGAGUGAUUAUAGAAGUACAAAAGGACACCAUAAAUCAUGCAGGAGGCUCGUUGCUAUUCGGUAAAGAUGGCUACUUAUACAUCUUCAUUGGGGACGACGGGGGAGACGGUGAUGCUAUGGAAUUCUCGCAGGAUCUGUUCAUGUUUCAUGGGAAAGUUCUGCGAGUAAAUGUAGAUGUGACAGAUUUUGUAGCAGGAAAAGAGUACAGUAUCCCCAAUGACAAUCCGUUUGCUGGAAAAGAAGAGUUGGGACUUCCUGAGAUUUAUGCAUGGGGUCUGCGUAAUCCAUGGAAAUGUAGUGUAGACAGAGCGAAGUUUUCAGAGCGUAUAUUCUGUGGAGAUGUAGGCGUGGAGACGUAUGAGGAAGUAAAUAUCGUAAAAAAGAAAGCAAACUACGGAUGGAAUAUAAAAGAAGGAACGUCAAAUUUCUGUCCAGACUGUUUGCGAGGAUUGCCUGAAGUGAACAUUACAGAUCCGAUAUUUCAAUACCGCCAUACUAUCGGGGUAGCUGUGGUUGGUGGAAAUAUAUACAGAGGCUGCUUGAACCCAAACCUGCACGGCCAGUACAUCUUUGGAGAUUUCCAAAAUGGGUUGUUCCGGCUGGAAGAGAACACCAGGAAGCAGAUGUGGAGCGGUGAACGUCUGGAGAUCUGUCCUGCCUCUCGGUGUUUAGGUUCACUGGGCAGUCAGAUUCAGCAAAAUAUCCUUGCAUUCGGAGAAGAUGAAGAUGGUGAAAUAUAUGUGUUAACUACGUCUUCGCCAAGCUUCAGCUCACCAACCGGUCGUGUAUAUAAAAUUGUGGAUCCAAUCAGGAGAGGUAAUCCAAAACACUGUAAAGCAUCAAGAUCAGCUGAUGGUAAAUCUGCUGUAACAGGAGACGUCUUACCACCUGUGAUACCAGACCCAAAUAAGGAAGAAACACCGCCAACUACAACUCAAGCACCCACAACCACAACACCAAGAAGGCAGCAGAGACCAGUACCUGAAACGCCAAGGAGGAACAGAGCACCACAGAAUACUGGCACACAAAGGAGAGGUAAUCAAAGACCAAGAUCAAGGUUUAAUUUUCUUCGACGUUUGUUUAGUAGAAGACGUGGCAAUACUGAAAAUGAAGAAAACAGAAAUGGAGCCGUCAAUCAAUCACCAGCAAGAAAUUCUGUCGCAAAUAACCGAAGGACUGGCACUAGAAGAAAUUCUGGUUCAAGAAACACACAACAAAACAGUGGGGUUAGGGUACUGGGUGGUACAGCAAGAGUUAUUACCUUGAGAAAAUGAAAAUUCAACAGUGCUUUGGUCGAUUUGGCAACAACAAGUUCUAAAGACAGCAUAUUUUUCAAUUAUUUGAAAAAUCGCAUCUCUUUCAGUGUGCUUCAGUAAUAGGCAAAUAAAAAUUAAAAGAAUAAAUAUUA